AUGAGCGUGCACGACGUCGACUACGAGGUCGUCGAGAGGCCAAAGGAGGUGGCGAAGCCGCCCUCCAUACCACCUGCUCUCUCUCUGGACCUUCGAAUACGAUGGCUGGAGACAAUCUUAUACGGCGCGGAGCGCAAGCAUGUAGAGUCAAAGAACGGAGAGACCUUGGCGCGCAGUGCAGAGGAGCUGGAGCACAAGGUCGACGAGGUAUUGCAGGCCAACGAUAGCCUCCGCAAAUUCAUGGAACACUACGACCAGCAUGCGCAGUAUCUCACACCGUCUUUGCGCUCUCGGGCUCAAUACCAUCAACCCUCCUGCAUACGAGAACAUGUCUUCGAACAUUCGCGCCGCGGAGAGGGACCUACGGGAGAUCGCAGCCUAGAAGAGAAGGGCGUGACCGCGGCUGGUCGUCUGCCUGAAUACAAGACCCUACAACCGCGUCUGGAUGCACUGUUGAAGGCGCAUGAGGAAGACGCGCAGAUGGCUUCUCAGCUCGAGAGGCGCAUAGCAGGACUCAUGGAUCGAUAUGCCUCCAGAGUAAGUUAUCGCCUACGAUCCUCGGAGGACCAAGCUACGAGGCUCGAACGAGAUUACGAGGAGCGAAGAAAACUAGGCUACGAGUGA